GUCACUCAUUUCAUGUGUUGUGAAGCAAUAGUGAGGUUCAGAAAUGCAAGCUGUCUAUGAAGAUAUGAGUUUUAAUCUCUGCAAAAUCGGCAGUAGUGAAAACUAUCACUCUCCAACAGACACAGAGGAUGAUGUUUAUGUGAAUACAGAAGACUGUCGCUCAGAGCUGAAAAACUCAGGAUCACAAGCAGUGGAUGAUGACUAUGUGAACACACAGCAGCUGCAUGCAAAGACUAAACAACGCACAGCUUCAUCUAGUUACAACAUCAUCAUAUCUGCUCUUGGUCUUCUGCUGCUUGGAGCUCUAGUGUCACUCUGUGCUGUAGGGAUCUUGUAUCACAAUAAAGUUGUUUCCACUGAGAUAUUAAGUGAAGGACACGAGAACACUACAGCCAAACUGAUGGGGCUAAAAUACAAAGCCACCGUUUUAGAGGCAGAACAACUGUAUGAAAUGCUGAAGGCCAAAUACCAGGAAGUUCAUGAACGUCUCGCUGCAUGCAAUGGAAAACAAAACUGUAAACUUUGUGAGGAAGGAUGGAAGUCUCUUGGUUUAAAGUGUUACUACUUCUCCACUCAUACACUGAACUGGACACAGAGUCGAGAUUACUGUGUGGAGAAAGGAGGCCACAUGGUGAUUAUAACCAGCCAAACUGAACAGGACUUUUUAUUCUCACAAAUUAAAAAAACACACUGGAUUGGCUUGAAUGACUUGGAGACUGAGGGUCAGUGGAUGUGGGUGAACAACCAGCCCUUAAAUGAGACGGGUGUAACGUUCUGGUAUAGGUCUCCACAGGGAACAAGUGAGCCUGACAACUGGAAAUUUGAGGACCCUUCUGGAGAGAACUGUGCUGCUCUGGGUCAUGAGAGCGGUAACCCAGAUAAAUGGUUCGAUGCUUCAUGUCGUAAGCAGAAACAAUUCAUCUGUGAAAAAUAAAAUACCAGCUUCACUUUUAAAAGCAUGUUAACAUCUUUUUGGACUAAAGUAAAUCUUUUUUAAAAGGUCUUGGAUUUCAGACCUACAGGUUCAAAUGGCUUAUUUUAAAGGGAUGAUCUAAGUU